CUUCAAUCCAUUCCGCCCUCCUUGCUUCGAGAGAAGUACCAGCCCGUACUACGAAGGGCGAAUUCAAGAAACGGGAUAUUCCUUAUUUCUAGAAGUGCUUUGUUCCAAUCCGCGCCACCAUGUACAGAAGGAGAAUGGUUCAAGAAGACGAAACUUAUAUGCAUUUUUGGGUCAAUUCUCUAGCCAGAACUUGCGACGAGCACUUGAACAAACAGCCAGGGGGGCAUAGAGCGAUGAAGGGGUUCUAUGUUUUGUUCUCAGUAGAAUAGACCCGAGGUGAUGAUGAGAAAGGACGGCAACUCAUUGGCAUUUGUCCUACAUGGCAGUGUAAGUCUGGAUGGAACCACUUGCGAUAUAUUAUCCGAUAUGUUGCUCGGACAGUGGACAUACCCACGUGGCUGCAUUUGUCGGAUGAAGCCUCUUCUCUUCCUUCUCGUUCCUCCACCUCCGCGAUGGCCUCGACAGACGCUGAUGACACACCUGAACGGACUGGCCCUCGACGCUUUGGUACAUGGAACGUAUACGGCUCUUGUUGGAGUAACGCUUUCAAGUUGGUACAUCUUCAUCAACCCCACCAUCCGCCAACCGAAAAGUCACACAAACACGAUGCCGAUCCCAGUUGUGCUCAUGUACCUCUUCGCCGCGCUCAACCUCGGAAUACAAUGGUCUUAGAUAAUCGUCUUGUGUUCAAUAUGCACACUGAACAUUU